AAAUCAUAAACUAAUGCUACGGGAAGAUGCGUUUACCCCUGUCAUACUGUUUUGGUAAAGUCCACUGUCUUCUACGAAUAGGGUAAUCUGUAUGAUUUUUUCCGCAUUGUGGGGCUCAGCGGCCUCCGCUUGGGUAGCAACCAUAUAAACCAACUAAGUAGGGGGGUUUUAUUUAAGCGGAAAACUUGUUUUUUCACCUUCGCUAUUUAUGGACUUGUAACCCUCAGACUUCAGGCUAAGGGGCCAUAUGAGGACACCCGCGGGAUUAUUUAUUUUAUUCCAUAGGAAGGCGGUCGCUUCGUAGGCCACACCCUCACAAUCCCCCCUCCCUUGUCGGAUUGGUUUGUGCCGUGCCUGGGCUCAUUGUUGCUUGGCGCCGGGUCUAAGAUGGCGCUGCGGAGCCGCCGAGUGUGAGUGAAGGGGACACCCGGGGACCGGCAGGGCGGAGAAAAGGGCGAUAGAUUCCAAGAAUUAGAGAGAACGUCCUCUUUAUUCACCAGCACCGCCGGCGGAGUUGGAUUAGUAUGCUCUCGGGACAUGGGCGAGAAGCUGGAACUAAGGCUGAAGUCCCCAGUGGGAGCCGAGCCUGCCGUCUACCCUUGGCCGCUGCCUGUUUACGAUAAACACCAUGAUGCUGCACAUGAAAUUAUUGAAACCAUCAGAUGGGUCUGUGAAGAAAUUCCAGAUCUCAAGCUUGCAAUGGAAAACUAUGUUCUGAUAGACUAUGACACAAAGUGCUUUGAGAGCAUGCAGCGGCUGUGUGAGAAGUAUAACAGAGCCAUUGACAGCAUCCAUCAGCUGUGGAAAGGCACCACUCAUCCUAUGAAGUUGAAAACUCGCCCUUCUACUGGUCUCCUUCGCCACAUUUUGCAGCAGGUCUACAACCACUCUGUAACAGACCCUGAAAAACUCAACAAUUAUGAGCCGUUUUCUCCUGAGGUCUAUGGAGAAACCUCCUUUGAUUUGGUUGCCCAGAUGAUUGAUGAAAUUAAGAUGACUGAGGAUGAUCUCUUUGUGGACCUGGGAAGUGGUGUCGGGCAGGUUGUUCUGCAGGUUGCUGCAGCAACAGGUUGCAAGCAUCAUUAUGGUGUAGAGAAAGCGGAUAUCCCAGCCAAGUAUGCAGAGACAAUGGACACUGAGUUCAGGAAAUGGAUGAAGUGGUAUGGAAAGAAGCAUUCAGAGUACACACUGGAGCGUGGAGACUUCCUCUCAGAGGAGUGGAGGGAAAGAAUAGCUAACACAAGUGUUAUUUUUGUGAAUAAUUUUGCCUUUGGUCCUGAGGUUGACCACCAGCUAAAGGAGAGAUUCGCCAACAUGAAGGAAGGUGGCAGAAUCGUAUCCUCCAAACCAUUUGCACCUCUGAAUUUCAGAAUAAAUAGCCGAAACUUGAGUGAUAUUGGCACUAUUAUGAGAGUUGUGGAGUUAUCACCUCUUAAAGGAUCUGUAUCUUGGACUGGGAAGCCUGUUUCUUAUUACCUGCACACUAUAGACCGGACCUUACUUGAAAAUUAUUUUUCUAGUUUGAAAAAUCCAAAACUCAGGGAGGAACAGGAAGCAGCAAGACGCAGACAACAGAGAGAAGGGAAGAGCAAUACCACAACUCCUACAAAAGUUCAUGAGACAAAGGACUCUGCUGCAGAGGAAGAAAAGUCUGCCCCAGUGAAAAAGGCUUCUCCAGCCAAAGCCCGAAGAAAGCUCAGCAAAAAGGGCAGAAAAAUGGCAGGUCGCAAGCGGGGACGUCCAAAAAAGUUGCUUACCACAACAGCUGACCGCAAGUCCUCUAAAUCACAGACUGCACUGGAAACCCUCCAUCCACAAAAUGUCCUUGUUCCUCAGUCUCCAACAAAAUCACCCCCUCAGGAUUCAUACAAAACACCUCAUAGUCCCUAUUAUCAGCUACCUCCAAAAGUGCAACGUCAGCCUUCCAAUCAGCUUCUGUCAUCUCCUACCCCUCCAGCCCUACAGAAAUUGCUCGAUUCAUUUAGGAUCCAGUAUUUGCAACUUAUGUCUUACAUGAAAACACCCCAUUACAAGGCUGGUCUGCAGCAACUGCUGGAACAGGAAAAGGAAAAGAAUUCCCACCUUCUUGGUGCUGCUCAGCAGCUGCUCACCCACUGUCAGGCUCAGAAAGAAGAAAUAAAGAAACUUUUUCAGCAGAAACUGGAUGAGCUGGGUGUUAAGGCCCUCACUUACAGUGACCUCAUUCAAGCGCAGAAAGAGAUUUUUGCUCACAACCAGCAGCUGAAAGAGCAAAGUCGACAGUUAGAGGAAGAGAAUGGAGCAUUAAGAAACCACAGCUUGCAGCUGCUGAAGGCACGUUGUGAAGAAUUAAAGCUGGACUGGAAUACACUGUCUUUGGAAAAUCUCAUGAAGGAGAAGUUGGCCCUAAAAAAUCAGAUAUCCGAAAAGCAGAAGCACUGUUUGGAGCUACAAAUCAGCAUUGUGGAACUAGAAAAGUUUCAGAGACAACAAGAGCUGCUCCAGCUCAAGUCUUCCACCUUGCCAGAGGAACCACCACCCAGCCAUAAUCGAACCAAAGGUAGCCUUGGCAACCACUUCCACGCUGAACAGUCUUCAGUGCGCAUGAUGCCUCCUCCAUCUUCUCACACAAAUGGUCUAAGCCCUGAGCGGUCCUUGAAUGGUCAUGCUUCUCAUUAUGAGCUGUACCAUUCCUGUCGAGGAGGAAGCAGGCCCUGCUCCAAGGAAAGUACACCAUCUCACUCAGAGCAUGCCGACAUUGUGCCCAGUACCCAAACCCAUGCAGCCAAGCACAAAGGAGAGAAAAUAUCUGGCCCAACCCAACCAGACUACACGCGCUACUCCCCUGCCAAAAUUGCAAUGAGACGGCACCUGAACCAGGAACCCUUACCCAAUGGUAGAAGCACUGAAAUAAAUCAUAGGUGUAAUGUUACAAAAGACCACAGCUUCCCAUCCAUAAGCCCUGGAAUUCCAAAUGGUGUCCAAUUUAGCCCUCAGGAAUCAAAUCCUUCUUCCCCUGAGUUAACUCAUACACCAGGGGAGAGAGGACCUGAAAAGAUGUUUCGAGAGCGAAAUUCCCCUUCUAAUCCAGAAACCAUCACCAGUCUGCCUAUUAGUAUUCCCCUGAGCACAGUCCAGCCUAACAAGCUGCCAGUCAGUAUUCCACUGGCCAGUGUAGUCCUGCCAAGUCGUGUGGAAAAGAGAAACAGCCCCAGUCCCGGAUGUCACAGCAGAGAUGGCUCACUUUCAGAGAAUCAAUAUGGUGCUACUUCUAAUAGCCUCAGUUAUGCUGCUGUCUCAAAACCAUUGGCUACCUCAGGUUUCUUCUAUCCAACCUGGUCUUCAUCUCUAAAUGGACCAGUUUUGAAUAGCCAUGGGUCAGAGACGGAUGGAAUGGAUGACUCAUCAAAUUCUGGCACAUUGUCUAAUUCAGGAGGAUCACGGAGCUCCACCCCUUCCCACAGUCACCUGAUCUCUCAGCGCUCCCCUGCCCAACAUUCCACAUCUGCUAGUCCUUGCACAUUUCCAGAUCCAAGCAAAGGUUCUGGUGAAGGGGAUAUUGACACAAGUGAUGCUGAAAUGGAAGCAAAGCGUCGGAUUAUCUUCACCAUUACCAGUGGAAGCUCCAACGGCAGGUCACCAUCAAACAAACACAGCCCUUUGACUGCCACAAUCCGCAUGGAGUGUGGCACAGGGCAGGAUGCCAAAAGGAGAAGUGGUAGACGAAAAAGAUCCUCUGCUGGCAGUCACAAUUCAGCUGUAUCACCCAAACGCAGAUCUCUUCCCACAUCUGUUGGUCUAAACAGUUAUACUUCAGGAUCUCCACUGAAUAUCAGCUCAAUGGUGAGUAACAUUAACCAGCCCUUGGAGAUUACUGCAAUCUCUUCCCCUGAAGCCUCUAUGAAGAGUUCCCCUGCUUCCUAUCAGGAUCAUGAGUUGCCCCCAGUUUUAAAAAAGGAAAAACCCCUUUCUUUAUCUAAUGGCGUUCAUUAUUCACCCUUAACAACAGAGGAUGAGGCUGAGUCUGAGGAAGACACCCAGAGUACAAGAACGGAGCGAAAGAGUUCCAGCCUGUGCUUUGAAAGCAAAGACUCCCCCCAGAGAAGUGAAGGGGAAAGAGGUCUCCCAUACUCUAGCAAGAAGUCUUCAUGUGAGAGUGUAAAAUGGAAAGCAACAUUCUCUCCAAUUUCUGAUGCAACUCCGGGUCGUGCCUCUGACAGCCCUUCCUCACCUCACCGUCAGAACACACAUUAUUCAUCUGGAGAGGGAGGCCGCAGAGGAUCAGGGGGAUUGAGUCCUGGCUCUGCAAAUGGCCACAGUGACCAUCCUAGGGUAGAAGGGGGCAAAGGAGAGUGCAACCUUUUCUUAAGUAAAAAGAUGUCUUCUGAAGGUAGCAAAAGAGAAGACAGGGGUCCUACAGCAAAACUGGAUCGUUCCAGCAGUAAAGUCCCUCGAAGCCGUGAAAGGGAUGGGAACACUGUGUUCAUGACACAAGGAACUGGUGCUCUCAUGAAUGGCAAGGGACCUGGCUCAAAUCCUUUACACCCACACCAUCAUUUUUUGAACAGCUUGGCAGCUGGCUCUCAGCUUGCCUUGCAAGGUGGGCUUAACUCUGUUGCUAGCAAUUCUGUUCUGCAGUCCAUCUUCAGCUCCAUCCCUGUACAUGUGACUGGGCCAGCUGGACGAUUGUCUAACUCUCACAGCAUGUCUGGUUUCACAGCUCCUGGAGGUACUGUAGGAGGUAUUUGAAAUGUCUACCUCACUUCAAAUCACCUAUGCAAAGGCAGCCCUGCUAAGUUUGGUCUUUUCAAUUUACAUCACCUUUGACCAUAUGGUGCUCAACAUAAAUUUUUGUAGAUGGGAAGGGAGUUAUCUUCCAAAACCCACCAUCGUAGCGACCACUGGUUAAACCUACAAUCUCUGUAUCUGUCUCUGCCGCGGAAAGACUCGCCAAGGUUCCACUGUGAAUUUUUUUAAAAAGCGGCAAAUGAGGAAAUCUCGUAAUUUUUUUUUUAUUUAUAAAAAUUUUGUUUGUUGAAAUUUUUUUUUUGUAUUUUCCCCCUUUCUUUCUCUUGCAUUUUUUUUUUGUGGGAAUAUAAUUUUUUUUUUUCUUAAAUGGAGGACGCAGCUCUACGGACGAGCGGAAAAGUAAAGACAGCUUGUGGAUUUUGGGUUUAUAUGGGUGAUUGGGCAGGUUUUGGGGUCCCAUCACCCCCCAAAGCAGAUUCAACUGGUGCUACGCAUACAAGAUUGUGCCUCUCUAAACUGGUGCUGUUAAGUUGCGGUGCUCUUUGAAUAGUACACACUGGGACUCUGGAUCCAUUGUGUCAAGAAUAUAUAUGCUUAAUUUAUUAAUGACUCCUGACCCUAUAAUAACCAAAGUACAUUUUGUUCUGUUAUGAGACUGACCGUUUUCUGUUCGCUCGGGGAAUUGACCUCCUCCUUUUUUUUUUUUUGUGUGUGUGUUUUAAAGUAUUUUUUUUUUCAUGAGAUGAAAUGGCAGCUAAUUGUGUGACUUUGUGGAACAGCAGGGAUGGUUCUGCCAUAGAACUUUGUGGCAGGUUAUUAAGGCACAGUGAUGAAAAAAAACUGGGACAUAGUUUUAGUUCAUUAAUAUGUGGCCCCCACCCAGCACAGUUGCGCUGAACUUUACAGUUUGAUUUCUUAAACCUCUUAACUACUUGAUUCCUUCUAAUAUAUAAUUUAAUCUGUAUAAUGCACACAAGCAUAUGUAUGUGUGUAGCUGGUGCACUUGUGCGUGUAUAGGAUAUUUGUGUAUAGGUACAUAUAUUUAUAUGUAUAUAAGAAAUCUCACAAACGCAUAUCUAUAUAUACUUUGCUAUCUUAUGCAUAGAAAUCCAUCCCCUACAAUAUUCAGUUUCCAAGAAAACCUUAAAUAUGAACACACAGCCCUCAAGCAGGAUGAGCCAUGCAGACCUUGUUUCUGUUUGAGCAAGGUCAUUUAGGUCUCUGGUGCAAACCAAUGAUGUAUUCACUGGCAGAAAAGCUAUCUUGGAACAGAAGAGCUAAAGUUUUUAUGCUCAUGUUCUGUUAUAGCAAUUCAGUAUUUUCCCCUGAAACAGAGUAGUCAUGGGCUUCAUCCCUAUAGAUGAAGCCCUAAGCUUUAAACUAGCGUUACUUCUAAACACAUUUAGGGUUUCUUGUAGUGCUAAAGAGCAACUCUAUCCUAGUUUUUCCUGUAGAAUAUCUAUUCUGUCAUAGCUUUAUCAACUCUUUCCGUACAGGCCAUGAGGAAGCCCAGUUACUAUAGAGACUUUUAGUUCUGGCAUUGUCUUACUGACCAUGUGACACUUUGAAUUUUUAUGGUGGGAUCACAACAGGAGAUCUGUGGGAGUAGAUAAAGCUUGUGAUCAGCUUGCCAGUGAAAUAGUGACUAAAUGGGUAGCCCUAAAUCAUCAUAGUCAGAAUUUAUUUAUAUAGUGCCAGCAAGUUAUGCAGCACUUUGCAUUAUUUAAAUAACAAACAAGGGUCAUACGAUAAUUUAACAAUGAAGGCUUAAAGAAUAGAAAUGGAGUGAGAAGGCCCUGCUCACAAGAGCUUACAAUCCAAAGUGUUCAUACACUGGCCCGGGCCACUAAUUAUUGUCUGAACAAUUGGGAUUGCAUUAAAUUGAAGAGGUGCUUCAGCUCUCAAAUAAGGUGCAACAGGAUCACAUGAUUAUGUCUUGAAACUGGCCCCUGUGGUGCCAUACAUGCCCAGACAGUUGUGUGGUAUAGUCCAAGCAACAGUGUCUUGGCCAGAUAUUAGAGGAGUACAUUCUGGUGAUUGUCAUAUAAGCCAUUGGGAGGAAAUUUUGUAGCAAGCUACAAAAAUUGUAGGCGCCAAAGAGAUCAAAAUUGCCUGUGUGCUUUUGUCUUAAAGCAGCAAACUGAACCAGUAAUAACUUCCUAGAAAAGUAGGAAAUAAAUUAGAAAAAUACAUUUAUUUCAGAUCCUAAUAUUUCUAUAUUAGACAAGUCAAUAGUGAAAAUAACCGAUGAAGAUAUAAUAGCUAUACAGGAACUGGUAUGGAGAUAUGAGAGUGCUUGCAAACUCUGCAUUGAAACCAUGGACACUGCAAGCCAUAAUCCAGUUGAAAUGAAGGUAUUUUCACUGGCCUUAAAUUGGCAUUUAAAGUCUUAUGCAUCAUACAGAUAUUUCUUAAUCCGUGCUAACAUCAGAUCCAAUUGGAGAGAUCAAAAUCUUGUUCCAGUAUACUUUAGUAUUGGUCCAGCCAAACUGAAUCUGUCCUCAUAGGUCUGACCAGUCUAGUUCCAUGUUUGUUAAGCUUGGGCCAACAUAUCAAGUUUUGAGAGCACCACAAACAAAUAAUUGUGGGGCAUUCAAAGCAUUAAAGUGUUAAAGGAAAUAAUUUAAUACUUAUUCUGGGCCACCCAACCCCAUUUGGGGGCUACUCCCAGCAUGCUGCGUAUAUAUAAAGCAGAAACUCAGUAGUCCCUGUAAGGUUUCAGCCCAGUAGUUUUCAGACUUUUGGGUUCACAACUUCCCUUUGAGGUCUAGCAUAUGGCCAUGCACCUUCUGAACUGAAAAUUGCGAAUAAAUAAUAAAAAGCAAUGCUAUAGUUCCAGGAAUGAUGCCAAAAGCCAAUAGCACCAUGCUUUGAAAAAAAAAAAUCCCUACUGUGAGCAAAACUGUACCUUAUUGCUAAUUUCCCUUCCACUAGCCAAGUUAUCUGCCAUAUAUAUUAUUGUUCUUAUGCUUCUUUAGCUGUAUCCUUUCAGAAGUCAAUUUGUUCCUGUAAGUUCCAUUCCAGAACUGUACUACUUAUAAUUUAGGCAAGACUAUUGUUAUAAUAAUUUAGGAUGUGUAUCUGCACCCAGCUUGACACUUCAGUAGAACUUACCAUAGCCCAUUCAGUGUAAGAAUUGCCACAAUCGUCAGAUACUUUUCAGCAUUCCAAGCGUGAUAUUUAUCCAGUGUACAUGUGGAGCUGGACUGCCUUAAUAACCUGCUUAGGACAACGGAACAAGCUUGCUCCCUGGCUUUGCAAGAGUGGUGUCAGUAGGAAAUAUAAAGGUGCUUGGCAGUUUGUAUAAUAGAAUUCAGUUUGAUCUAUUUUUCCUUUGUCUUCGCGAAAGUAAUAACAUUUGUAAUGAACAUCCCAGUAAAUUCCUUUAUUUAGUAAUUAUUUUGAUACUUGAUUGUUCGCUUUGUAAAAAGAAAAAAAAAGUGUUCCCUGUUUCUUUUGUCUCCCCAUACCUUCUGCAGUCACUUUUGUAAAUCUUAACUUUUGCAAACUUGUUUUUUUUUUUUUUUUUUUCCUGAUGUAAAUUUCUACUUUGAAAUUUCUCCUCAAUUACAGAAUUUCUGUUUUUUGUUUUUAGUGAGUCUAUCAAACUGCCUGUGUUUUUAACUUUUCUAGAGGGGUCUGUACAGAAAACCCGUUUAAAGAAAUCCGGCCUAAAUUUCAUACUAAUAUAUUGAUUGUGUAAAAACGGCGCUGGUAUACAUCAGUGAUACCUUUUUAAAAGGCCUGUGGCCGAAAGGCUGACAAAUGUCCUCUCGGAUUAGAGACUUGCAAUCCAAUCAAAUAUUUAUCUCAAAUAGCUAAAAUGUUUGAAUCUCUCAAACCCCCUUGUUAAUAUCAAUAAACUUUUUUUAUGAUCUGUAA